CGCUUUGUGAAAUUUGCACUUACUUUUUAACAGAAACCGUCAACACUUUGGGUUCAUAUUUUGCCAGUGUUGACAUAAGGUUACAAUUAAAGCUGUCUGUUCGUCUUACGGUUCAAACCGACUAAGAAAUGUUAAAAUCAGAGUGAAAUGUACAAGUUCGAAGAAAUGAACACUCACAGUCACGCUUGGAUGUCGCAUACUCUUGCAGUUACCGUAGAGUUAAUCGAAAUCUGUCAGCAGUAAAAUCACAUGGAUUUCAAUAAUGGCACACUUGGAAGAACAAAGGAACAUGGAUAAUAGCACCAAACCACGGAUUAGUAUUAAAGAUAAUACAAUGGAUUCACAAGUUAUGGAUAGUAAUAUAAAGCUUCAACAUCAGCAGCAUAUGAUGGAUGCAAGCAAGCCUAGAUUGGCCUGCCAGAAUUGUGAAGAUCAGUGCCCAGGAUUUGAGGCCCACUAUUGGAGAAAAAUUUGCAGAAAUUGCAAAUGUCCAAGAGAAUCACAUGAAAUUGUCACCUCGGACCAAGAGAAAAAUCUCAGCAAGCUGAUCCAGGACUUCCAGCGGAACUCUGCGUCUGAUGAUGACAGUGGAUGUGCUCUGGAGGAGUAUACCUGGGUCCCACCAGGUCUUAAACCAGAUCAGGUUCACCAAUAUAUGAGCGCCCUUCCUGAAGACAGAGUACCAUAUUUGAACAGUGUUGGAGAAAAAUACAGAAUAAAGCAACUUCUGCAGCAGCUUCCCCCUCACGACAAUGAAAUACGCUACUGUAAUUCUCUCAGCGAGGAGGAGAGGAAGGAGCUGCGCCUCUUCAGUACCCAGAGGAAGAGAGAGGCGCUGGGAAGAGGAAGUGUGCGUCCUCUACCUCUCACAAUGCAGGGGACGUCCUGUUAUGAGUGUAAGGAGACCAUCAAGGGUGGAGAUAUUGCAGUAUUUGCCUCCAGAGCUGGCCACAGUAACUGCUGGCACCCAGCCUGUUUCAUCUGCUUCACGUGCAAGGAGCUCCUGGUCGACUUGAUCUACUUCUACAAGGACUCGCACGUGUACUGCGGCAGACAUCACGCGGAGAAUCUCAAGCCGCGCUGUGCUGCUUGUGACGAGAUAAUAUUUGCAGACGAGUGCACAGAGGCAGAGGGAAGAAGCUGGCACAUGAAGCAUUUCUGCUGCUUUGAAUGCGACCAGCAGUUGGGCGGACAGCGCUAUAUAAUGCGCGAAGGGCGGCCAUAUUGCUGCACAUGUUUCGAAAGGAUGUUUGCAGAGUAUUGUGACACAUGCGGCGACCACAUUGCUGUAGACCAGGGACAAAUGACUCAUGAUGGUCAGCACUGGCAUGCCACUGACCGCUGCUUUAAGUGUUUCACCUGUAACUCUCCACUGUUGGGUAAACCUUUCUUACCCAAACACGGCGUUAUUUACUGUUCCUCAGACUGCAGUCGCAGAGAUCGAGGAGGAAACAGCAGCCAAUCAGACUGCGAGUAUGCCAACCUUCAGGUGUACAAAACACAGACUCGAUUGGCCCCUGAUAUCAAGCACCAAAAGGGGCGGAGUCGAAACCCUAUAGAUCUCAGGGACACUAGUUUUGAUAGUUUAAUAAGUAAUACCUCGGAUCAGGACACACGGCCAAAACAGCUCCUGCCACAGACUGCGGUGCCAGUGGUGAACCCCAAUAGUUCACAGUUGCCUCCCCGAGUCCCAAAUGGAUCAUACAUGUAUCCAAACUCUCCUCAGGCCCAUACAUAUCACACACCAAAUGGAGACUUGACAGUGAGAACUAGACCCUCAAAUGCAGCCAGUAGGCCUACAGAACUUAAUGUAAGAAGUAGGUCAGAGAAUGGCACUCAAGGAGAUUUAGCAAACUUAAACAGUCAAAGACUGCAAGCGAGGCCUCAACAGGGAGACUCACAGGUCAAUCCGAUCCCAUUGGGACGACCCAUGGUCCAUCCACGUUCUUCACAGUCCCAUUCCCGCCCCCCUCUUCCACCCCACCUACAACCCCUUCCGCCUCAGUUCACCAAUCAGAGCAGCAGAGUACCUUAUACAAGGACUGAGCGUUACAUAGACCGAGUGAAUAGGUACUAUGCCAUGGCAAGCUCUGGGAAUGACCAGAUGAACCCCAUAUCACGACCCAAAGAAAAACCAGUCAUCCAUGCCUCCGUGAGUCAGCGAAGCAGGAGCUUUACUUCCUCCCCUUCGCAAAAUCUUCAAUCUGGAUCUGAAACCGAAGGGGGCGCUAGUGUUGAUGCACACAAUACAUCGCAGUCGUCCUCACAGCUGAAUAAGACUUCCUCUGACGUUGCUUUAGAAAAUGCUGUGGUGGAUAAGUUUCUUCGUGUUCAGUCUGGAGACGAGUGCAGCACAUGUUCAAGUUCCAGCGAUUCAGAGGAUGAUGACUUUUAUUACAGACCAGUGAGGCGCCCAGGUGCCCGCCUCACAUAUGUUGAUGACAGUGAUAAAGCCAUGAAGGCAUCCUCUAUGAAAUCCAACACUUUGCCAAAUGGAAGUAGUAAAAGUGGUAGUGGUAAAAGACAUAAGAAUAGAAAUAAAAGUCAGCAUUGCAUAGUCUCUUAAUUUCUAGCCCAAAUGGUUAUUGUUUUGUUUGGGGAAUUCUUGUUGUUUUGUGGCUUAAGUUUUGAUUAAUAUUUGAACUGUGUAUAGUGCAAAGAACAUCUCAUGUUUCCUAAUGAUCAGAAAUUGUUUAAUUAUUCAAAAAAAUUAAAGCAAAUGAAAUAAUGAAAGACAAAGAAGUGGAAUUUGUUGUGUCAAAAAAGAGCCAACUUAUAAUACAAUUGUAGCUGUAGAAGUUCUUGACACAACGUAACUUAUUAUGCAUAUAGGUUUUUGUACUUGUUGAGACUGCAGAGCUAGGUUACUUGACCAACUUAAAAGACACAUUUGAAGAUUUCUGUUAUUUGCUUUAUUUUCAAUUUUCAAUAUUGACUUGUCGAUAAAAACAUGACUUAAGAUAAAAAGCAAUAAAAUGUGCCAUCAUAUCUGCCAAUUCUAAUGACUAUAUUAUAGUUUUCUAACAGGAAGUUGUAUGCACUGUAGCUGGUCGUGGAAAAUCCCUGCAGUGUUUACAGUUCAGUUCAGUAUUUUCCUUUCCAUUUGCUCAGCUUUGUGAGCACUAGUGUUUGACUAUGUGAGUGAUUUGAAGUUGAUAAGCUAUGUUUUUAUUCACAAAGAUGGUGUGCAAAGUUGAAAGCUAACAGAUACAAAUUUAUUACUUUUAAGUUAGUAAAAUGGAAAGCCAUAAGAAAGAAAUACCCCCAACCAUUGUGUUACAGCUAUUGGCUUUAUUUUAAGGUCAAAUGAA